AGUGCAGUCAUCACUUUGUUGUUGUUGUGGUAAUGGUUGUUGUUUUUGAUGAAGAAGAUAUUAUCGCGUAGGUACCUACGUAGUACGUGGUACCUACGUAUAACGUACGUCGACUUGAAAAUCAACGUUGUUUGCCGACAAUUUUAAAUUAGUCAGGUCUUUGCUACACUGCUUAGCAUAGUGGCAAGUAAUCUGCGUAAAAGUUAAUUUUACACAAUUAAUAACAUAAUAUCAUCAUGGUGUCUCCAACUAACUUCGUAAAAGGCUUGGGAAUCAAUGGACGGUUGGUGCCGUUCUUCAAAGCAGUGUGUGUAUAUUUUGUGGUGGGAGGUGGAACCCCAUCUCUGUCAACAGCGAUCCUUAAGUGUGCUCCGAUACUGUGCCUCCUGGUCUGCGUGCUGUUGCGCACACGAGACGCUCCUUCAUCACAACGCGGGUACGGGCGGGCGGUGUGCGCGGGGCUGGCGCUGUCGGUCGCCGGCGACGCGCUGCUAGUCUGGGACGGCGAGGCGCAGCUGGCGCUGGGGCUGGGCGCGUUCGCGGCCGCGCACGUCGCCUACCUGUGCGCGUUCGGCUGGCGGCCCCGGCGCUGGCGGCGCGGGGCUCUGCUGCUGGCGGCGGCGGCGGCGGUCGGCGCGGCGCUGCGCCCGCCCGAAGCCCUGGCGCCGGCGGUGCGCGCGUACGCGCUGCUGCUAGCGGCGAUGGCAUGGCGCGGGACGGCGCGGCCCGGCCGCCAGCGCGCCGGCGCGCUGCUAUUUCUGCUCUCCGACGCCGUGCUAGGCUACAGCCUUUUCGGAGGCAGCGUGCCCUACAAGCAGGUGGUGGUGAUGUCUACAUACUACCUGGGACAGCUGGGCAUCGCUCUGAGCGCGCUGGACCCGCCGCCCGCUCCGGUUGCGCUGCAUUAGGCGGCGUCGCGCUGAGUCAAGCGGCGUCGCGCUGAACUAAGCGGCGUCGCGCUGAAAUCUCCUGUCUUCCCCCGCUGCGUCACCUUUCGCAACUCGACACUUUUGCAAUAGGUUUAUAAGCAGUAUAUUACACUUACAACUAAAUAUAGUUACUGCCGUUGAUGUGUGCAUCGGUAUAUAUGUUACGCUCAAAGACCGAAAACGCUCAGUAAAAGAAAAAAA